AUGACCCGAAGUCUCAAACAGACCCAAUAUCAACUUCCAACAGCCCAAUUCUCCUCCAUUCACACAGGUUUCCAAUCACCCAUCGCCAUAGCUCAGCGACCCUACUCAACAAGUACAGCACCAACAGCCGACAAUAUAAUCACCGAGCUGGAAGACCUGUACGAAAUGACUAAAGACGAGUUUGAAAUCGCUACCGAAAGCACUGAUAAUGCUACUAUCUACGCUGCCUCGGACCGGGACUCCGCGCGUGAUGCCCUGAAUGAACUAUGUGCCAUAUACUAUUUGUAUACUGCGCGCGAAGGUGAUCACGAUACGGGUAUCCUAGCUGGGCCGGAUCGGGUGCCUGUUUCUGGCGAGGAGUUACUUCAUGGGCCUAGAACUCGCGUUGUUGACCCUGCUUAUGACCCUGCGGAAGUUUCGGAUUCGGUCAGAGAUGAAGUUAGGAAACGUGUUGCGCAUCGCAUUAGGGAGCUGAGGAACGCAGUGCAGCUUUUGGAAGAGAGGACUAAGGCUGAUUGA